AAUCGGCCAUUUCGUCGGUGCAGGCCAUCAGCCAUAGAGGGCAGUGGGGAUAAAUAGCGCGUACUGGUUUCCUGAAAGACACAUCAAGAACAUCGCAACAUGAGUGAGACGGCUAUUUCUUUCGCCAAGGAUUUCUUGGCCGGUGGCAUCUCUGCUGCCAUCUCCAAAACAGCCGUCGCCCCAAUCGAGAGAGUGAAGCUUCUCCUUCAGGUCCAGCAUGCCAGUAAGCAGAUCACCGCGGACAAGCAGUACAAGGGUAUCAUGGACUGCGUUGUCCGUAUCCCCAAAGAGCAGGGAUUCCUUUCCUUCUGGAGAGGUAACCUUGCCAAUGUCAUCAGAUAUUUCCCCACUCAAGCCCUCAACUUCGCCUUCAAGGACAAGUACAAGAAGAUCUUCCUUGAUGGCGUUGACAAGCGCGCCCAGUUCUGGAGGUACUUCGCCGGUAACCUGGCCUCUGGUGGCGCCGCCGGAGCCACGUCUCUGUGUUUCGUGUACCCCCUCGACUUCGCCCGUACCCGUCUGGCUGCUGAUGUGGGAAAGGCUGGUGCUGGGAGAGAGUUCAACGGUCUGGGUGACUGCCUGGUGAAGAUCUUCAAGUCUGAUGGUCUGAGAGGCUUGUACCAGGGCUUCAAUGUGUCCGUGCAGGGCAUCAUCAUCUACAGGGCUGCAUACUUUGGCAUCUAUGACACAGCUAAGGGUAUGCUUCCAGAUCCCAAGAACACCCACAUAUUGGUGAGCUGGAUGAUUGCACAGAGUGUGACAGCUGUUGCUGGACUGACUUCAUACCCCUUCGACACUGUCCGUAGACGUAUGAUGAUGCAGUCUGGACGCAAAGGAGCUGACAUCAUGUACAGCGGGACCAUUGACUGCUGGCGUAAGAUUGCACGCGAUGAGGGUGGUAAGGCUUUCUUCAAGGGAGCCUGGUCCAACGUGCUCAGAGGCAUGGGCGGCGCCUUCGUGCUGGUGUUGUACGAUGAGCUGAAGAAAGUCAUUUAAUUCUUCGUUGUUGUCACAUCACUGUCCAAUUUGGCUAAAUGUAAUAACUUUCCAUUUCUAUGGACUCAGCAUUCUGCCUUAUUUAUGGGAACAAACUAUAGUGUCUCACCACUAGCUGUGGGCAAUGGCUGUACGUUGUGCAUCUUUGAUUUUAAACGUUCCACACCCUCUCUACCAAUGUCAUUCCUGUAAGAAAUCUGAUACCUCCUCCUCCUGUCAUUCACUAGGUUUGUAUGGUCCCAACUUGAAUAAAUUUAUUCUGGGGAACAAACUAAACCAUUGACUGUCAACUGUCUCCUCCACUGUCAUAGCAUGCGAUGUGCACUCACAGGAUAAUGCAAUGCACGAAGUGGAUUACACUCAACUGCUAUAUUUACUCACGCUUAUCUCUUCCUGAGCCUUCCUGGUUUGACCGUGGUCACUACCAGGACUGUAGAGUAGAACACCUCAGUGUUAGCGCCUUUCGAAAACGACUUGACAGACAACUUAUAAAGACUGGCGUGCACAUGAAUUUUAUGCUCGUUAAUUUUGUGGUGAUAAAAGUUACUGACCCUAUUGAGGUUUUGGUCCUGUUUCUAGGAUACCAUUUGUAGUAAAUUUAAAUGACUUUCAGGAGUGCAGUUUCAGUUAUUCCAUCACAAACAGCAGGGAAAUGUAGACUAGCUCUUGGGAGAGCUUCAUUAUAAGGUUUGUACAUUUUCAUGGCAUGCAGGAACAUUAAAAAAAAAAGCUUAAGCGUCGUGUUGCUCAGACAUCAGAUUAUAUGAAUGAAUAUUGCCCUAUGUUCAUAUCUCAAUGAAGAAAUGUUAACAAAAAAAAUGGUGUUUUAAGAUUGGAAUGUACCAGACCUUACAAUGCAGAAUGACUACAAUAAAUCUAGGUUCCUUUUACUGUA